AUGUCUUCCCCCCAGAUUGGUGACCGUAUCGACACCAUUGAUACACCAUCGAUGAUCGUCGACCUCGACCUCUUUGAAGCCAACCUCAAGAAGCUGAUGGACAAGCUCCUACCAACGGGUCUGAAGAUUCGGCCUCAUCUAAAAACCUCUAAGAGCACGAUCGUGGCCAACAAGAUGGUCAAAGCAGGCGCCAAGGGCGGCUGUGUCGCCAAAGUGAGCGAGGCGGAAGUCAUCGCCGCGGCUGGUUUUGACGACCUACUUAUUACCUGUGAGGUCGUUGGUUCUACCAAGGUCAAGAGGCUCGUAGAAUUGUAUCGCAAUCAUCGAAAUAUUCGGAUUGUGGUUGAUAGCGAGGUCGGCGCGACGGCAAUUAACGAUGUUUUGGCUGCUUCAGGCAUUCAAGAGCCGAUCAUGACUCUGAUUGAUCUCGACGUGGGCCUUCAUCGUACCGGUGUGGAGCCUGGCGAGCCGGCCUUGGCCCUAGCUAAACAUGUUGGUGGGCUGAAGCAUUUGAGGCUUAUCGGCGUUCAAGGCUACGAGGGUCAUCUCCAGCAUCUGCAUGAUUAUGGAGACCGUAAGAAACAAUGCUUGGAAUCGAUGCGAGUUCUGACGGGUACUGCGGACGCGCUGCAGAAGGCAGGCUUCAACAUUGAAGUUGUGACGACGGGUGGUACUGGUACUGCUGAAUUCUGCGCCACUGUUCCAGGUGUUACGGAGCUCCAGCCCGGAUCAUUUAUCUUCAUGGACACGGAUUACCGUAAUUCUAUCGGCACAUUCUACUCCAACAGCCUUACCAUCCUGGCGACAGUUCUGAGCUCACAAGGUUCCCGGACUGUGACGAUCGACAGCGGACUGAAGUCAUUGACAACGGAUAGUGGGCUUGCGGAGUGUAAGGACUCCAGGUACAGAUAUGGUGUUCUUGGUGAUGAGCAUGGCUCACUUACGUGGGAGGAAGGGACGCCGACACUUGUGGUUGAGGAUCGUAUCGAGAUAAUUCCGAGCCAUAUCGACCCGACGGUCAAUUUGCAUGAUUGCUAUUACGCUUAUCGCGGUGGCGUUAUUGAGGAAAUUUGGCCUGUCGAUUCGAGGGGAAAGGUCCAAUAG